CCAAGAUCUAUUGAAGAUGCACCUUAAAUCCGUGGCCGGUGAUCAUUAAAGUAGUAGGUUAAAGCACGUGUCACUGUUGUGUGCUUGUUUUCUUUAUUGAAAAUUAUAAUAUUAAAUAAAUAAUUGACAAUGAGUAGCAGUGAUUCAGAUUCAGAAGUCUGCUCUUCUGACGAAGAGUUACAAGAAGCACUAGCUAAUGGGUCCUUAAAACCAGGGUUAAAUACCGUAAGAAAUAAAGAAAAUCCUGAUAAUAAAAAUAGUAAACGUAUAAAAGAAAUAUUAGGCAAAAUGACAUUAAAACUACCGUGGAUUGAACGGUUGGAUUUGAUAAAUUCUCCUGCACCAUUAGCACCAGAAUUGGCCUUGCAAAUGCAAGAGCAAGAAAUUAAACGUGCAAAACAACUUAAAGGUAAUAAGAAACUUCCUCAAUUCAAACCAAGCGAGGAUCCUGUCCUUAACGAUUUUCGGAGAGAAACACAAUUUUAUAGACAAGCACAGGGAGCUGUAAUCGAAGCAGUGACAAGAUUAAAAAAAUUAAACGUUCCGAUUAUUAGACCAGAUGAUUAUUUUGCAGAAAUGGUAAAAUCUGAUGAGCAUAUGCAAAAAGUUCGUGAGAAUUUAAUGAAGAAACAGUUUGAAGUUCAACGUUCUGAGAAAGUAAGACAAAUGAGGGCACAAUCUAAAGUUAACAAACAUAUGCAAAUAGAAGCUACUUUGAAGAAACACGCAGAAAAGAGACAAAUGUUAGAAGAAGUUAAAAAGUACCGAAAGGGAAAGAGACAAGAUCUUAAUUUUCUAGAUGGAAAAACUCAGCAAACAAAAUCUGAUGCAAAAAGAAAAUUAAAAAAUAAGAAAUUCGGCUUUGGUGGUAAGAAAAAGGAUGCGAAGAGAAAUACCAAAGCAAGUGCUGCAGAUGUUUCAGACUAUCGCAGGCCAAUCAAAUCGGGAAAGGGUACAAAAAUCAAAGGACACGUUAAGCGUUUAGGAAAGAGUAGAAGAGUAAUAGGAAAAGGAAAAAAUAAAUGAUUAGAGGUACACAUUUACGACUGCAAAUAAAUUAUUACUUUUAAGUGAAUUCCAUAUAAUACUUUACGUUUGUUAAUAAAGUAUUUUUUUCAAAAAGCUA